AUGGAAAAUGAAGAUGAUGAUGAUGUUUCCUUUGCCAAAUGGAUGAGCAGCUUCUGGGGCCACAGCUGGAUUGAUGAAAAUGAGAGAGAUUUAAGAAACCAUAGGGAACACCGAUCCCAGGAUAUCAGAGCUAGAAGAACCUCCCUGCCUUGUCCAACACAGUUUGCUGCCCUUCCCAUGACCAGCAUUCAUGGAUCCUCUAGAGUUGUUCCAGUUUCUGGCCACCCUAGAAGGCAUUCUCAGGAGGAUUAUGGAUUCCGAGGCCAUCAUCAUAUGAGGGCAAAAAUAUGCUCCCCGAGUGGUUCAUUGCAGGGGCAAAUGGAACCCAAAGGCAGAUCACAUUCCAUCCAGGAAUUUUCAGAACACUUUGAGCAGCAACUCUGCUUUAGAACCAAAAGAUCAGUCUCUUUGGAACCUGAGGACAGAAAGGAGAGAAAAGAGAGAGAGCGCCUGAGAAUCAGUACAAAAGCCCAUCAGGAAACAGAGGAAAGAAGAGAACUGAAGGAAAAGAAGCAGGGAGAAGCAAACAUGGGAGCCCUGACAAAAAAAGAGUCAUGA